UCGAGCACAUACGGCCACAGUCAGCUGAAAACUGGGCAUCCCGUCCGCUCUGCCAUACAUAAGCAGUUGAACGGCAGAUUAGUACUACGGUGGGUGACCACGUGGGAAUCCCUGCUGCUGUAUGUUUUGCAUUUGCCUCUCUUUUUGUGUCGUCUUAACCUCUUUUCCUUUCUUUUUUUGUAUUCCAACUUCCUGCUCUUAGGAAAGCAAAAGAGUCGCUUCUGGUGGUACAGAUCUGACGAAGCUUUUCAAAAAGCUUGA